UUCGCUGCUGCUCUUCUGCAUUGUCUUGAGCAUGUCGAGGAUCUUUGAGCUGAGCUCGAAAGUCUCCACGAACGCCCAAGUCUGGGUGGAUGUCAUAGCGGCCAUGUCUCACACAGCACCCCCUGAGUCCGCUGCCAUCUUAGCAGCCAGACGCCGAGAUCCAUCCAGCAUUCCCGAUGCCACUCUGUUCUCUACUCCCUGGCUGGUCCAUCGAUUUGCGAAAGCCGGAGUUUCGCCCCAUAUGUGCCUCCAGUGCCUUAUGGUUGGAACGUUAUCGUUGAAAGUCUUGGAACUACAAGUGGAGUAUGCCAGACGCCAUGGCUAUGACCUCUACACCUAUAUUGAUGACUCUGAGCUAAGUGACAAAACACACGAAGUUCAUUUUUGGAAGAUGAGAUCAACACAAUAUUUGAUAGAGAGUGGCACGACUGGGUGCGACUACAUUUUUUGGAUGGAUUCAGAUGCCAUUAUCAUGAACAUGUCCUUUUCUCUGGAAAAUCUCAUCCAUUGGGACGGAAUGGAAGACACUGACAUCGUGUUGGCGGCGGAUACUCUGGCCGCGAAUCUGGCUCAAAGUCUUUGGAAGUUCAGCCGAUUCACGCACCAGAUUUUGGAAGAUUCAUGGAACAUGGGCAGUUUUGCUCCUCUGGUAGAGACGGGGGCCUUUAAUGCAAUCCUCGGAGGAUGCCAGCCAGAAAACAGUCCAGAAGAAAAGGACGCUUGCUACAGACAUAUGGAUGUUGACUGGCACAAUCGCACAUUUGCACGGGAACAUUUCUAUCCAGGAGACAAUAGAAAAAUCAAAGAACUGGUGGUGAAUAAGAGCUUGCUGCCCCACAUAAAGUGGGUUCCCAAGCGUGCAAUCAAUUCCUACCCAUUUGGUUAUUUUGGAGGUCAAUACCGCUGGGGUGAUCCAGACUUUAUAGUGCACUGUCCCGGCGGCAAAGGGAAGUCCGUGUUUUUGCCGCAAUACAUCGAGCGGGGCCUGUUGAAUGCCGGCCUGCCCCCUGAUCCAGCGGCAGACGCCCGCAGAGAUCCCAGUGGUGUGCCAAACGCCACCAGCAGUACCAGGCCCAGGCUCACCCGAAGGGAGUCGACCCAACUGUUGAUUGACAAGACGGACUGUGAGUAUAUCUUCUGGUUGAGCGUCGAUGCAGUCAUCGUGGACAUCAACUUCAAAAUUGAGAGCUUGAUCAAGUGGCAAGGUGCCAGCGACACAGAUCUCGUAGUGGCCGGGAAUUAUGCUGUUGUGAGUUUGGUCACAGGCCUCUGGAAAUCCAGCAGCUUCAACAGCCUUUUGUUGAAAGAACUGUCGGAAAUCGAGCCGGGUAAUGAAGUCCAAUCAGCCACUGCAUCCAUGAGCGCCUUGCUGGGUGGAUGCACGGUCAGGAGCAGCGAAGAUGACAAGGAGAUCUGUCGGGCCAAAGUUAUUCAGCCGAAAAGGUCGCGUGAUCCCGCCAUUUUGCCUGCUAUCGAGGCGAUUCGGAAUGGAGAUGAUGCGGCUUUAGGGGAAAUGGUGGUGAACAAAAGCUUAUUGCCUCAUAUGAAGUGGGUUCCCACGCGGCUCAUUGGUGCGCGCCCAGAAGAACUCUUUGUUCGGAAUUUCGAUUGCAAAGAACUCUUUGUUCGGGGAGUUUUCCUGGUGUAUUGCAGUGGAAUCUUCGGAGGCAGAUACAUCCCCAAAAUCUUGCCGACAGCGCGGAUGGAAGCGGGUCUCGCACCCUGAGCCCAUGACAAAAUUUGGCGAGUGGUCUUGGGAAGCAGCUACAUAUGCUACAUCAAAAUCUUGCCGACACCGCCAGGUCUGCCCCGAGACUUGGCAAAUUGGGCGAUUUGGACGAUCUCGCGGCAUGCCUGGAAGUCAAACUUCAGCCAAGGAAACUGGACUUGGCCCCAGCACGUGCCGAGUGGCCAUUUUAGGAUAAAUCAGGACAUAGCAGGUCGGUAUCAUCUUAGAAUUACUUGAAGUGAGACUUUCCGGAAGAGAAAUCAAAAGACUUGUGCAUAUCCACAGCUACAGUGGAACUACUCUGGCUUGAAAGAGGCGCCGGCUGGAAUUGCAUCUGCAUUCUGGAAGCUUGACCCAGUUCUUUCAUGUAUUUUUUUUGUAGUCUGUGGUGAGAGUAGCCAAUGUGAGGACAUUUGCCAGACCUCAGCAAACCACUACAAUCCUUUGAGGAAGUUCAUCCCAUAUGCAGCAAGGAUCAACUGAAGGUGAGGCACAAAAAA